AUGCAAGCAAUAAAAUGUGUCGUGGUUGGUGAUGGUGCAGUUGGUAAGACGUGUUUAUUGAUCAGCUAUACAACUAAUGCAUUUCCUGGAGAAUACAUACCAACAGUUUUUGAUAAUUAUUCAGCGAAUGUCAUGGUCGAUCAGAGGCCAAUCAACCUUGGGCUUUGGGAUACAGCUGGUCAGGAGGAUUAUGAUCGUUUAAGACCACUUAGCUACCCACAAACUGACUGCUUUAUUCUCUGUUUCAGCCUUGUCAAUCCCGCAUCUUUCGAGAACAUUCGAGCAAAAUGGCAUUCAGAAGUCUCGCACCAUAGUCCUCAUACUCCAAUCAUUUUAGUUGGAACAAAACUUGAUUUACGUGAAGAUCCAAAAACGGUUGAAAAAUUACGAGAGCGUCGACUUACACCAAUUAGCACAGUUCAAGGACAUCAAAUGGCUAAGGACAUUAAAGCUGUCAAAUAUUUGGAGUGUUCUGCCUUGACUCAAGUUGGAUUGAAGCAAGUUUUUGAUGAAGCAAUCCGUGCUGUGCUUUGUCCUCCUCCACCAAAACCUAAGAGAACAUGUGGUGUUCUUUGA